AUGGUUUACUGGAAGGCCCUCUUGUACGCAGGGCUUGCCUCUGCUGCGGCCCUCUUCCACAGAGACGACGCGGUUGCAGGCUCCGUGGAUUCAUGCCCGGGCUACAAGGCCUCCAAUGUUCGCGUCUCGCCCACCGGCGUCACGGCCGACCUGACGCUGGCCGGUGCAGCUUGCAAUGUGUACGGCACUGAUCUGAAGAAUCUCAUUCUCCAAGUCACGUACCAGACUGAGGACCGCCUUCACGUCCUCAUCCAGGACAAGGACAACCAGGUCUACCAAGUCCCCGAAUCUGUCUUCCCUCGUCCCGGCGGCUCUGUCUUGUCCCUGGCUAGCAACCUCAAAUUCAGCUACACGGCGAACCCUUUUUCAUUCAAAGUCACCCGCGCUAGAACUGGUGAGGUCCUCUUUGACUCCUCGGCUGCCUCUCUCGUCUUCGAGUCUCAGUACCUCCGCCUCCGGACAAGCCUGCCCGCGAACCCCAACUUGUACGGCUUGGGUGAGCAUUCUGACCCUCUCCGCCUCAAGACGUCCAACUACAUCCGCACGAUGUGGAACCAGGACAGCUAUGGCAUUCCCAGCAAUGCCAAUCUCUACGGAACGCACCCCUUCUACCUGGAGCACCGUGCCACGGGUUCUCAUGGUGUCUUUUUCCUCAACUCCAACGGCAUGGACAUCAUGAUCAACCAGGACGCUUCCGGCAACCAGUAUCUUGAAUACAACACCAUUGGUGGCGUGUUCGACUUUUACUUUGUUGCUGGGCCUACCCCCGUAGCAGCAGUGCAGCAGUACGGUGAAUUUGCUGGCUUCCCAACUAUGCAGCCAUACUGGGGCCUCGGCUUCCACCAGUGCAGAUAUGGAUACCAAGAUGCCUACAAUGUUGCCGAAGUUGUUCAAAAUUACAGCUUGGCCGGCAUUCCCCUCGAGACCAUGUGGACGGACAUUGAUUACAUGGACCGCCGCCGCGUCUUCACCGUCGACCCAGACCGUUUCCCCAUGCCCAUGAUGCGUGAGCUCGUUGACCACCUGCACGCAAACGACCAGCACUACGUUGUCAUGGUCGACCCAGCCGUCGCCUAUCAAGACUACCCGCCUGCCAACCAGGGCCUCCAAGACGACGUGUUCCUGCUGAGGGCUAACGGCUCCGUCUGGAUCGGUGUUGUCUGGCCCGGUGUCACCGUCUUCCCCGAUUGGUUCUCCGCCAACGCUCAGUCGUACUGGAACGGCCAGUUCCAGACCUUUUUCAACGCCGAGACCGGCCUGGACAUUGACGCUCUGUGGAUCGACAUGAACGAGCCCAGCAACUUCCCGUGCAACUUCCCCUGUGCCGACCCGUAUGCCGCCGCCGUAGGUUAUCCCCCGGCCCCACCGCCGGUCCGCGCGCCUCCUCGUCCGCUGCCCGGCUGGCCUUGCGAUUUCCAGCCUGGCGGUUGUUCCAACAAGCGCGAUAGCCAAGUCCAGCCUCUCCAAAUCAACACCGGCAGCGGCAGUCUGCCCGUCGUCAACGCGGCUGCGAGCAAUGGAAACAGUGCAAGCAACCAAGGCAAGGGUAAUCAGAAGGGUCUUCCCGGCCGUGAUCUGCUGUACCCCAAGUACGCCAUCCACAACAAGGCCGCCUUCCAGGACUCGUGGAACUCUGACAAGGGUGGCAUCUCCAACCACACCGUCAACACAGACCUGAUCCACCAGAACGGCCUGGCCAUGUACGACACCCACAACCUCUACGGCACCAUGAUGUCGACGGCCUCGCACGACGCCAUGCUGUCUCGUCGACCGGGUCUCCGCCCCUUGGUCAUCACGCGCAGCACCUUUGCCGGCGCGGGCUCCAAGGUCGGUCACUGGCUGGGAGACAACAUGUCGCAGUGGAGCUACUACACCGUGUCCAUCCGCACCAUGCUGGCCUUUACUUCCUUCUUCCAGUUUGGCUUCGUGGGCUCGGACGUCUGCGGCUUCGGCGGCAACACCAACGAGGAGCUCUGCGCGCGCUGGGCUUCUCUGGGCGCCUUCAACACCUUUUACCGCAACCACAACGACUUUGGCAACAUUGGCCAGGAGUUCUACCGCUGGCCCUCGGUCGCCAGCAGCGCGAAGAAGGCCAUUGACAUUCGCUACCGUCUGCUUGACUACAUCUACACUGCCCUGUACCGCCAGCACACUGACGGCACGCCGGCCGUGAGCCCCAUGUUCUUCCACUACCCGAACGACGCGGCCACCUUCGCCCUCGAGCUGCAGUACUUCUUCGGCCCCGGCAUCAUCGUCGCCCCCGUCACGCAACAAGGUUCUACCAGCGUCAGCGUCUACCUCCCAGACGACAUCUUCUACGACUGGUACACCCACGCGCGCAUCGACGGCGGCGCCACCAACCACCUCAUCAGCAAUGUCGACAUCACGUCCAUCCCGCUCUUCAUCCGCGGCGGUACCAUCCUGCCCCUGCGCGUCAAGUCCACCAACACCACUACCGAGCUCCGCAAGCAGAACUUUGAGCUUCAGAUCGCUCUCGACGCUUCAGGAUCCGCGACGGGCGAGCUGUACCUUGACGAUGGCGUCUCCAUCAACCAGAAGGCCACUACGCACGUCACCUUUACCUACAAGAACGGCCUCUUCAUCUUGGGCGGCCAGUUCAGCCUCCGGGUGCCAUUUGUCAUUUCCAAGGUCACCAUCAUCGGCGGUAAGACCGCCUCUGCCAAGUCUAGCUCUGGAAGCGCAAACAGCCAGACUUUCAACGUCAACCUGCCGUUUAGCGGUCCUGCCUCUGUCAGAAUCGGUUAG